UCUCUCGAACCGAGUGAUUUUAUUGGUCAGACUGGAAUUUGAAGAUUACAAACGUUACCAACCGAACUUCUUACGAAAUGACAUUGGACAAGGAAGCUCGGCCAAUGCACGAUCGUUAAGAGCGAGUCGCUGUCAGGCUUGCCAUCCGGACAAAAAUAGAACCACGGGGCAAUCUUGCCCGAAAUUUGAGCAAGAACAUACCAAUAGUCCGACCAUUCCACGCAAAGGCAGCGAGGCAAGCACGACCAGUAAAAGUAGCACGAAAAGCUUCCAUGGUUGGACGAAAUCGUUGACCAGGCACUCGAAACCGGCCAGCCAUAAGCGGACACUAUCGAACGCAUCGACGAAACCUUGCGACGUGGGGGAGGAGGCUACGCAAGACUCCCCGGCUUGCGGAUCCUCCUCCCCUGCUCGAAGCCAGACUUGCCACAACCAAAACCAAAAUACCAGCAGUAAGAGCUCGCUAGCCCCCGCCGACCUCGGCAAAUUCGACAGUAUAGAGUACAUCGAUCAAACUUCCACGUCCCCGGACAUCAUCACCAACAACAAGGGCUACCAUGUCGUCGACGACGAGCGCGCCAAGAAGGCGAAGCCGAAGCCCAAGGCCAAGCCGGUCGGCGGGAAGAAGAAGAGCAAGAAGGAGAAGAAGGCCGCGAGCAACGACGAGGACAAGAGGGAGGUGGUGACGACGGUGAGGACGGUCACCACGGACGUCGUCUCCACCAACGUGGUCACGACCACGACGAGCUUGAAUAGAUACACGUUUACGAAGAUUGAUGAGAGGGAGAUGAACGAUGAGAAGAAAGUCAGGACGCACAGCUGUUCGUCUAUUCCGUAUGACAAUAUUAUCGAAAAUCUAGCGCCGUUUAGGAAGAGAUUUUGCAAUGUUCAACUAUUUAACGAAGAUGAGGAUAUUCGCAAGAUUGACAAGCCCAAAGACAUACCCAUCCGCAUCAGCAGCGACUUCCGUUCCGACAUCUCCCAAAUAAUCGACGGCAUCAUCGACAUGGCCUUCCAGAUAAUCCAAAAGAACGGCCUCCAGGUCGAGAAGAGCACCCGGAAGAAGCUCUCCGCGGACCUCACCUACGCCAACCGGCUCCGCUGCAUCACCGGCGACAUCCUCUCCCCGAAGAUAAUCUCGCACACCCCGUCCACCGACAACCUCCUCGACGCCCGGAACUUCGUCGAAGAGUACGAGGAGUACCACGACUCCUGCUCCGAGAUCCCCGACUCAGCCCUCGCCGCCGGCCAGGUGAUCACCGAGCUCUCCGACAACGUGGACCGCAUCAUCAGCGAGAAGUUCCGCAACAAGAAGUCGGUGAAGCACGGCGGCGUCACGUGCCUCAUCCCCGUCGAGACCGACUCGAACGCCGAGGAUGAGCCGGAGGCGGCGAACGACAAGCGGCUGCUCGAGGUGGGGACGCGCUACAACAUCCCGAAGAACCUGUUCGUGAGCACGGAGAUGACGGAGAUCACGGAGCAGGCCAUCGACGAGCUCCACCGCAACGACGAGAACGCGGAGAACAGCGCCGACAUCGAGAAGCCGCUGGUGGUCGACUUGAGUCGGCCGAAGGAGGACGACGACGACGUGUACCGGCCGAUCGCGGUGUCGCCCGACGGCAGGUUCUUCAAGUACGAGGAGGAGAUCGGGCGGGGGUCGUUCAAGACGGUGUACCGGGGCCUGGACACGCAGACCGGCGUCGCGGUGGCCUGGUGCGAGCUCCAGGAGAAGAAGCUGAACAAGGCCGAGCGGUUGCGCUUCCGCGAGGAGGCCGAGAUGCUGAAGAAGCUCCAGCAUCCGAACAUCGUGCGCUUCUACAACUACUGGGAGUCCACAGGUACGAAAAAGAAGAAUAUCGUUUUGGUAACCGAGCUGAUGCUGAGCGGCACGUUGAAGACGUACUUGCGCCGGUUCAAGAAGAUCAAUCCGAAGGUGUUAAAGUCGUGGUGUAGGCAGAUAUUGAAAGGUUUGGCUUUUUUGCAUUCGAGGUCGCCACCGAUCAUCCAUAGGGAUUUGAAGUGUGAUAAUAUUUUUAUCACGGGCACUACCGGUUUAGUCAAGAUCGGUGAUUUGGGUUUGGCCACUUUGAAGAAUCGCAGUUUUGCCAAAUCUGUGAUCGGCACGCCCGAAUUUAUGGCGCCGGAGAUGUACGAGGAGCAUUACGAUGAGGGGGUCGACGUUUAUGCGUUCGGGAUGUGCAUGCUGGAGAUGGCGACGAGCGAGUACCCGUAUUCGGAAUGUACGGGGCCGGCGCAGAUCUACAAGAAGGUCAUCUCGGGCGUCAAACCCGCUAGUUUCGAGAAGGUGCAGAAUCCCGAAGUGAAAGACGUGAUCGAGAGUUGCAUCCGCCCCCGCAAAGAAGACCGGCCCAAAGUGAAGGACCUCCUCACUCACGCCUUCUUCGAGGAAGACUUCGGCCUGAAAGUCGAAGUCGUCUCUCAGGCCGACAACAAAGUCGUUUUUCGGUUGCGCGUGAUCGAUCCGAAGAAGCGCACCCACAAACACAAGGAGAACGAAGCCAUCCAGUUCGAGUUCGACUUGGAAACCGACCGCAUCGACACGAUCUCCGAGGAGAUGGCCAAAUCGGGUAUCAUCUUCGAAGAGGACGCGAAGACCGUCGCCCAGCUGCUGAAGGCCCAGAUUGCCCAGAUAAACAAGGAGCGCGAGCAGAGGAACAAGGAGAAAGAAGCUCUGGCCCAACAGAUCCAGUACCAGCAGUACUUGCAGCAGCAAGUCGAGAAGCAGAUUUCGCAGCAGAGCGCGACCGUGGCCGUGCAGCAGCAGCAGCAACAGGAGUACGCGCAGCAGGGCAUAGAACAGCAGUACCAGCAGGAGCAGGUGCAGUAUGUGCAGCAGAAGAGCGAUCCGGGCAUCGUGCAGUACACGAUGCAGCCGGAGACGCCGCAGAUCUAUCAGCAGGAGCAGCACCAGAGCCCGCCGAUCCUGCAGAGGCAGCAGUCGAUGGAGCCGGUGCAGCAGCAGCCGAUAAUACACAAGCAGCCGCCGCCGCAGCAGUUCGUCCAGUCGAACUACGUCGUCGAGGGGCACCCGCAGCAGGCGGAGUUCCUGCAAGUGCAGCAGGGCGAGGGGCAGCAGCAUAAGCUGUCGAGCAUCUCACAGCCGGAGCUGUUGCACGCGAUGCCCUCGCAGGCGGAGCACCGGCUGAGCGUGGAUAGCCAGCUGGACGCGCACCAGGGGAUGGCGCAGGAGCAGGCGGGGGCGUACCAGCAAGGGUACCAACAGCAGCAGGCGCAGCAGCAAGCGCAGAUCUACCAACAGCAGCAACCGCAGGCGCAGAGUUAUCAACAGCAGCCGGCGCAGACGUACCAACAACAACCGCAGCAGCCGGCGCCGACUUACCAACAACAACAGUCGCAGACUUAUCAGCAGCAGCAGCAACCGCCAGCGCAGACUUACUCGCAACCUCAGCAACAGCAAGCGCCUGCGCAGUCGUAUCCGCAACCUCAACAGCAACAGCCGACGGCGCAGUCGUAUCCGCCACAACAGCAGCAACCACCGCCUGCGCAAUCAUACCCUCAGCCUCAACAGCAACAAGCGCCUGCCCAAACUUAUCCGCAACAGCAACAACAACAACCACCCACGCAAAGUUAUCCCCAACAGCAACAACAACAACCGCCCACGCAAAGUUAUCCGCAGCAGCAACAGCAACAACCGCCCGCGCAAAGUUAUCCGCAGCAGCAACAGCAACAACCACCCGCGCAAAGUUAUCCGCAGCAGCAACAGCAACAACCGCCUGCGCAAACUUAUUCUCAACCUCAGCAGCAGCAACCGCCUGCGCAAACUUAUCCGCAGCAACAACCACAACAACCGCCCGCGCAGUCGUAUCCGCAACCACAACAACCACCUGCGCAAUCUUAUUCUCAACAACAACAAGCGCCGCAAAGUUAUCCACAGCAGCAGCAACAACAACCUACCCAGAGUUAUCCGCAACAACAGCAACAACCAGCUCCCGCGCAGACUUAUCAGCAGCAACAGCAACCCGCUCAGACUUACCAACAGCCGCAACAACAGCAGCAACCUGCUCCGGCGUAUCAACAACAACAGUCCACUCAAAAUUAUCAGCCGACUUAUCAAACUCAACAGAGUUAUCCGGAACAAGCGGUUAUCCACGGGCAGAGAGUGUCAACGGUGGCGCCGCCUAACAUACAACAACAAGAGUACGUUCAACAACAACAGCAAGCGAAUAUUUUGAUGCAGCAACAACAGCAGCAGCAACAACAAAACUAUCAACAGCAGGCGACGUUCCAACAGCAGCCGGUUUAUCAACAGCAACAAAGUUACAUUCAACCGGGGGUUGAACCGUCGUAUCAGGAACAACAACAACAGCAACAGCAACCGCAAACGGCACCACCACAGUUCGUACAACAGCAAUCGGUCGAUCACACCUCCCAGCAGUUGUAUCAACAACAGCAACAGCAGUUUCACAAUUACGUGGAGCCGCAACAGCAGGUCCUCACUCAGCCGCCGCCCCACGAUCCGCCCGUCGACCCGCACUCCAGCUCGCAUCGCCUCUCCGGCGAGGUUCCGCCCCCAAUGAACCUCGUCGAGCUGCAACAGAAGCUCGCCCAACAGCACCGCGUCUCCACCGCCUCGCUGCCGCCGAUGUCGACGUUCGAGUCGACACCGGUGGACGGGCGCCGCCUGUCUACGGUGUCGCAGCCGCCGUCGAUGCAGGAGUACGUCCUGCAGCAGCAGAUCCCCGAGAAGGACUCGCUCGACGACCUGGCCGGCAAGGAGGAGGGCAAGGAGGACGCGUCGACGUCAGAACAACGCGACGACAGCAGCGGCCAAAUGCUAAUCAAACCCACUUACGACACCUACGAAGACACCUUCCAAGGUUUAAAAAGCACCCUUUCCGAAAAACUCACCCAAAACCUUCGAUGCAGGGAGAGUUUGAACAGCAGCGGCACCGUUUCGCGCAAAACGAGCACAGCGAGCGACUACACACCGGAAAACACCUACGUCUCGAACAACCGCAUGGACCAAUCAACGACGGUGUCGUUCUCCAGCGACACCUGCGUCUCGGUCUUGAAGUACCCGAACGAAGUGGCUGAAGACGCGAAGAGCGAAAUCGACGGCCAGGACCUCCUCAAGGACGAACUGAACGACAGCUUGAAACGCAAGGACGACGUCAAGUUGGUGCCGGGUCAGAAGGUCGACUUGAAGGUGUUCAUUUUGCGGACCGAGGCUGAGCCGCAUGAGGACGGGGACGAGAAGAAGGACGAGGAGAAAGUGGAGGAGAAGGUGGAGGUGCAGGCGGUCCUCAAGGUGCCCCAGAGGAAAAUCUCAAGGUUUUUGGUAAGUCCGGUCCUCUCCGGCGAGCUAGAUCUCCCAAAAGAUAAAGAUUUCGGCGGCAACGCCGAGCUCCCGCCCGAAGAGGAAUCGACGAAGAUCGAAGCGUUGCGCAAGAGCUCGGCUCCGGUCGAGUCCACCACGAAGAACCUCGAAGCCGACAAACCGAACGAACAGAAAAUCAGCGUCUCCUCGCUGAAGGAGGAGUCCACGAAUAAAGAGGAGCCCGUGAUGUGCGGGCCCGAGAUGAUCAACACGCUCGAACAACUCAAGAUCAGUUUGGAUAAUCUGAAGAACAGCAUGCAUCCGAAGAAGGAGCCGUCGGAGUCCGACACGAAGAAGGUCUCCACGGGCCAGGCGUUCGUCGCGGCCACGACCACCACCACCACGACGACGGCGACUUUCGUUGCUACGCAACAACAGCAACAGAUUCAAAUGACGCAGUUGCAGCAGCAGCCGCAACAGCAGAAUGUGGCCGUUACGCAACCGCCGGUGGUGUUGGCGCAGGCUCCGCCCCAACAGAAUCUCAUUCUUCAGCAGCAGCCGAAUUAUCAGCAGCCGGUGUCGCAAGCGUCGCCGCCGCAGAUGAUGUUGAACAUACAGAAACCGGUGGAGAUGGCGGCGGCAGCCGGGGCCGGCGUUAUUUAUCAACAGCCGCCGCCAACGGGCGCGAUGACGGCGUCCGUUUCGGUGCAGAACCUGUCGAUGCAGGCGCAACAGCAGCAGCAGUUCCAGCACUCGAUCUCGGUGGACGACAACGCGCUGAGUCUGCACCAGCAGGGAGGGUUCACGGUGAAGAAGCUGCCGCCGGAUAGUCUGAAGCAGAUCAGCGAAAGCGCCUCCAGCAGGAGUAGCCAGGUCUCCACCCCCCAAAUGGACGUCAAGUACGACGCCCAGCUCCAGAAUCUGCAACACCAACUCUCAUCCAUCCCCCUCGCCCGGACCCAGACCACGGCCCCAUCUAGUCCCCAAGCCAACGCGGCCACCCUGGAAUUCCCGCAGCAGCAGCAGCCGCCGCUCUCCGUUCAAGAAUCUCUCGUCACGACCGCCAUCAGCAAGCUGCAGGCCGAGUCGUGCCCCAGCGCUCCCGGCAGUGGCGCCGCCUCCUCCGAGAUGCUCUCGCCGGCCAUCGAGCUCGAGCCGUUCGCGCCGCCCCCGACCGACAUCAAGGUGAAGCAGCUCGCCGACCUCAACAACCAGCUGAAGAAAAUCAACUCGCGGCCAGAGGUGAUAGUGGAGACGGGCGAGGCCAUCGUGCCCCAGGAGGUGAUCGAGGGCGCGGCGGCAGCGGCGUUGGUGGCGGCGGCGGCGACCGCCCCGCAGAAGGAGAGGCGCGUGUCGAGGUUCAAGGUCAGUGUGGUGACGGAGCCCGACCGCAGCAAGCUGGUGCAGCCGGACGACGCCUCCCCCAAGAAGGAGGGCGAGGAGGCGAAGAAGGACUCGGAUUACACAUCGGUUAUUAAUAAUACGUUUAACAGUUUGGCUAAUAUUUUAGGAGCUACUUUGCCCUCGGAUACAGAGUUCGCGCCGGAAGUUAACAGAGUCAAACAGCAUGCAGUUGGCACCACUGCACACCAUUCUCAUACCCACCAUGUUCAUAAAAAACAGAAAUCAUUAUCUUAUUGUGAUUUAAAAAAGGAAAUCGAGCAUCUCCUCCCAAUGGGCAGACCGUUGGAGGAGGGCAACCCCCGGAGGGCAGUUGGGGGUAGACGUAUGUCGAAAACGUUCAGACAGUACCCCCAGAUCGUAGUGCACCCUCCCGACGAAUCUCUCACGUCGAGUUUACCCGACAUCAACGCGAACGUUGACGAUCACCAAGUCGUGAUAAACAACGUCAGCGAUAAAAACGUCAGCUGUCCGGAUUUGACAGACGAGAAGUUGUACGAGGAGACGAUGGUCACUAGUACCAACUUUAAGAAAACCAAACUUAAGACUCCGCUGAGUCGGCGCAACAGCGACGGGGUGCACGGGUGCCUUAAAAGAAAGACACUGAGGAAGAAGAGAAAGAAAAAGGGCGAAACGCCGGGCGAUCUCUUGAAGAAAAACUGGAAGUUUAAACAUUCCGCCUCGAUGCACAAUUUGAAGAGUAACAUUGUGACCUUGGCGAAGGAAGAGAAUUUUGAUAAUUAUCAUACGGUGCACGGGGGUUUCAGUAAUAUCGAAAUGUUCGCGUUCGAUGAUAAUUUAAACAGUCGUACCAACAGCACUGAAGUUAUUUACAAAUGUUGUUGCGGCAGGAGACUGUGCGAGGCAGUGGUGCCAAUCCAACAAUAUUUGGAAACGUAUUUCGUCAAUAAGACGAAAGAGACUUUUGAGGAGAUGUUGAAUAGACAAAAGGCUGAACUGAAUGCUUUAAUGGAGGCUCACCGUAAGCAGCAAUUGGAGUUUAUGGAGUCUCAUAGAAGACAAAUCGAAGAAAACAAGAAAAUGUGAGGCCGGUUUUACUAGUUGGUUAUAAGUGAGAAAGAAGGCUGUAUAUUACUAUUUGUUUAUUUGUAUAAUAUUAAUUCAAUUUAAAUAUUAAACAUAAUGAAUUGGA